CGAGAGGGAGGGAGGGGAGGGAGAGAUGUCUCUGAUUAGAGGGAAAGUCGUGCUUAUUCUAGGCUUUGUCCUCCUGACCGCUUUCCUGGCCGCGGUGCGAGGGCUGCCCCUGAGGAAGCAGCGCGGCGGCAGCCCCAAGGAGCGCGGCUCCAAGCUGGCCGAGGUCUCUGCCUCGUCUGACCCCCGUUCGGCCAGGGACGAGGAGCUGCCGCCGUCGGGCAAGGCGCGGGGCCUGAGGCGGAGCGGGCAGGCUGGCCCGCGGCGGCACAGGCGCCGCUGGGCGGCUCAGGCUGCGAGGAGCCCGUCGGUGUCCCAGCCCGGCCGCGCCGGCCGGGAGGAGAGCCUGCCCUUCGUGCUGGACCUGCAGAGCUUGCCGGGGCUGGCCAACGUCGACCUGAGUGCCCAGAACCCAAAUAUCCAGGUGACCAUUGAAGUUGUGGACGAUCCUCAGGCUGAGAUGGAGAUGGACUUGUUGAAGGAGACAAGCAAUGACUGGUCUCUGACAUCAUCUGAGUGGUUGUCCCACAAGGACCUCUUCUGGCCCCUCUUCUGGGAAUACACUGACCCCACUGAGGAGGAAGAGGAGGAGGAAGAGGAAGAGGAUGACAGUGACAACCUAGAUGUAAGGGACAGGGAGGAGGAGGAGGAGGAAGAGGAAGAUUACAUGGCAGAGUAUGAGGAGGAGGAGUCCAUGCUGAGUGGAGUGGGAGGUGACUGGGACCAGCGGUGGCCUGCACAGAAGAACUGGAUUUUUAAGGAAAAAUAUAAUUAUGACUAUGAAGAUGAGGAGGAAUGGAGCCCUUGGUCCCCUUGCAGCAUCAGCUGCGGCAGUGGCAAUCAGAAGAGGACCCGGUCCUGCGGCUAUGCCUGUACAGCGACAGAGUCGAGGACCUGCGACCUGCCACGCUGCCCUGGAGCAGAGGGGGAAAUGGUCUUCCCCACAGAGGAGACUCCUUUUAAAAGUGACAAUACCACAGAGCUGUUCAACUCAGACGUGGACAGCUGUGAGAAGUGGCUGAACUGCAAGAGCGAGUUCCUCACCAAGUACCUGAGCAAGGUGCUGACAGAUCUGCCCAGUUGCCCCUGCUCCUACCCGCUGGAGGCUGUUUACAGCGCUGUGAACCUGCGGGACGAGCGCCAGGGCAAGAGCUUCCGCUGGCGAGACGCCAGCGGGCCCAAGGAGCGCCUGGACAUCUACAAGCCCACGGCCCGCUUCUGCCUGCGCUCCAUGCUCUCCUUGGACAGCACCACGCUUGCUGCCCAGCACUGCUGCUACGAUGAGCACACCCGUCUCAUCACACGGGGCAAAGGGGCCGGCGUCCCCAACCUCAUCAGCACUGAGUUCUCCGCGGAGCUGCACUACAAAGUGGACAUGCUGCCUUGGAUCCUCUGCAAGGGGGACUGGAGCCGGUACCACGCUGUGCGGCCUCCCAACAACGGGCAGCAGUGUGCUGACAACCCCACCGAGGAGGAGUACCUCUCCCAGCUGCAGGAGGCCAAGGAGUACUAGCCACUCGCCACGCUCAGAGGAGCCAGGGGCAGCAGGUCUCCCAUGCGACCUCGGGGGAGCCCCCGGCAGCUGGUGGCUCCUACUGCAGCCCAGGCCAGCAGGCUGUGAUGGCUACGGUCAUCCCUCGCGUAUCCCUUCCUUGGGAAUGCAGCAGUCUGGCAAAGCCCCAGGCCCUGCUCACAGGCUCCUUGUUGGUGCCAGGCAGAGGGGGAAGGGUUUACCAUCCAUCUUGUCUUUUCAGAAGGGUGCUUCGGUUCCUUUCUGAUUUCCAAGGGCGGAGGAGUUUAUUGCUGGGUGAUCCCUGCUGUGCCACCCGGGGGGGCAGAUCUCACACCUUCACUUCCCUGGGGGUAGCGCAGAGCCCAGGGGCUCCCUGGGCUGGAGAGAGGGGAGCUGAAGGGACUGGGAGGCAGUGAUGAGUGUAAAGUGAAAUGGAGGCCGCCCCCAUUUACUUCUAAAGCAUUCUCUGCCAUUUUUCAAUGCAACCUAUGAGCUGAAGGGCUGCAGGUUGAAAUGGCCUCAAUUCGUGUUGGUUUCACACUGCAUCUGAGGAGAUGGGUGGGUGCAGGAGGAUCUGCUUGGUCGUGUCUGUACACCAGCUUUGGCAUGUGCUGGCUCUAUUCUAAAACUUGGAGUGGGCCCUCCUAGGAGGGACAGGGCUGUCCCAGCAAUAUGUAGACCGGAGGCCUCCCUUCUUCUCUGCUUUUGUAUUCACAGUUGGGAAGGAACAGGGAGAGGCCUAAGAGGGUUUCAUGGGCUCCUGAAGGUGGAUGGGACAAGAGGAGACUGACUGCCUGGGGUCCCUUUGCAAGGUGACAUUGCUACAGCAGUUUUGGCCAUGAAAGAAAACAGCAGUACCACAGCGUUUUGGUUAAAGGGAGCAUAUAAGCUGCAUCCCCUGUUGAUGCCUGGAGGUUGUCCUGCCAAGGCCCCCUCCCUCUCUCUCCAGGGCUGUUGGAGCCCUGGCGCUUCUCCCUGAGUCUGAGAUGCCCACCUGGCUGCUCACUAAGUGUUAGUCUUACGACGCAGAGGCUCACUCAGAGCUUGUGUACUGCUUGAUUGGGGCAGCUCAGGGCCCGGAUCCCAGUUUUUCAGUGUAAUGCCAGGUGCAAGGUGAGAAUGCCAGCUGCAGGAGCAAGGAAAGGGAUGAAGUUGUUUAAUUCCUCCUCUACCCUGAGCAACAAGAAAGCUUUCCAGAUAGCCUCAAUUUUCCCCAUUCUUCCAUCUCAUCCCAUUGCUCUGGGUCAUUCUUCGCCUGUGUGCAUUCUUCUUCCUGAGGUGGUUGCAUCCUGUGCAGCUAGAAGAGCCCUAGAGCGGUUACCAGCUCUCCAUGCAGAGCUGUGCCAUUUCCGUUGCUGUUGCUUUGAUGGGAAGGCGAGCACAUAGAAGAAGAGCUGAUGUGUCACAGGAGAGUCAAGCUUGGACCACAUCAAAGUGGCUCCAAUUGAGGAAGAAGUACAUUUGCUAACAAAGAUGUCAUUAAUUCUUGGAGUCUGCAGAUCACAAAUAUUACACUCCAUCACCGCCUUGGUCUUGUCUGGGUUUUCAAACUUUUCACAGGUCCUUGGCAGUUUUCUCCCAGCACAUUUUGGGAAUGAGUUUCAAAGCUCCCAAACUUCCCACAGAGAAACUAGGCUGAACAUCUUUAUCUCUGCACAUUGUGUAGCUAAACCUGGCAGAAACUCUUCACAGCUUUCAUUUAGCAAACUUUAUGCAGCAGAAGAAAUAAAAGAGGAAGUCAAACAAAAAUAAAGAAGGCCGGAAUCAUUUCUAGAUUAAAGACUUUAACCAAGGUGGUUGGUAACUCCAUAUUUUUCUGCAGAAUGCUGUUAAAUGCAAUGGCAUCUAUCUAGGUUCAGAAGAUUGUUCUGUGCUGUUUCUAUCCUCAUUUGAACAGCUUUCUCCAGGGCCAGUAAACAUCUAAGCUGCCAGCUCUGCGGGAAGUCUUCCUAGGACUAUCUUGUAUGUGUUGAUCCUUUUGUCUUUGUUAUUUGUAGAAUACUGCAUCCUUGGUCGUCAGUGCAUAGGACUUCAUUGCUGGUAAAACAAAAGCAUUUAUGAAAUUAUCAGUGAACUAUUCUUGUUUAACUAUCACACAAGUCAUAGCCACAGACCCAACUUACGGGUGCUAUCAAAACAUAAGCAGGCACAGUGCUUUUCCCAAAAAGCAUGCGGUCUAAGAUGACAAGUAUCAUAAAAAGGGUGAGAAGGAAGAUACAACCAAAUAACCAUGGAUGGAGAUCCAGAUUCUAGUAAAUAUCAGUGACCAUUAUGUGCUCCCUAGUCCAAGUGGUCAUUUGUUGACUGGUUUCCUAUAAAGAGAGUUCACAAGGAGGUGGUAUUGAGGGGAUGGCAGCGAUUGAGCGGCUUGGUUCUGAGAGCAUAUCACACACAUGUGCAAGGGGGCUCACUGAGGAAGACAUGGAGACAUUUGUACAGGAAGCUGACAGAUUGGGUGGCUGAGGCUAUGGAAUGAUGAGCUUGUUAUCUUUUGUCAUCCAAUAGAGCAUCCUCAUAUUUCCUCUCCUAUUUCAAAUGUCAUCACUAAUAUCAGAGGACUCUCAUACAAGUUUGUCUAGAAUAAAUACAUAGACUUCUUUAAAAUAACCUCCCAUUAAACAUGGGUCCAAUAUUGGACCUACGCAUGGAAGCAGGAUCUCUGCAAAUAAUCUUUCUGGAAAGACUUUCAGUAGGUCAGCCAAUUUCUUUGUUAUACUGGCUGGUCUCUGAGGAAGUUCUCUAAUAAUAAGGACUGUUACCUAGGAUUUGCACCCUUUCCCUGUUUAUACUGAAUAUGUCAACCAACAUACUCCUCAAAAAUGAAACUAUAAUUUCUGUAACAAAUGCAGUUCCUGUCUAAGAGCAGGUAGAAAACUUUCUUGCAUUGAGCCCCCCAAAAAACCUGGUUGAAAGCCAAGUGGUUAUUCUGCCUUGCUUUCUCUGUGGUUUGGAAGAUACAGGCAUGAACUGAUGCAUGAAAAACGAGAAGUGGUGUUGUUCCUCACGCAAGCACCUUAUACAUCAGAAGGCUUUGCAGAGCACCGUAAGAAAAGUAGAGCUAAAGCACAAAUUUAUUUUUAUAUCCCAUCAAAGGUUCUGUCCAGCCCACUGCUAUUUAAGUGAUGAAUCUCUUAGUUUCCACUUCUGAAGUUUUUUAUUUUAUAUGUAUAAUAUAUAUAAAAUGUCUUUUAUUCCUACAAAAAUUCAUAGAGAAUAAUUCUUUGUUCUGACUCUGCAAUAAAGCACUUUAUUUAAUA